UAGACAGUGAAGCAGCUCCCUACUCAGUCACUUCUGUUUUCUUUUCGGGAACAACUUGUCUUAGAUCACUUACAUGUGGUCUCCACCCCACUUAACAUUCCCAUAUUAGCUUCUACCAUCUCAGUUUGUUCCACCUGCAUGCCAAGGGAUGUGCGUUUACAUGUACAAAGUGACUUUUUUUUUGUAAAGGUAAGACAAGCCAGAAAACCACAACGCACCUGUUUAUAUAAAGUUCAAGUGAAAUGGAGGAGAGAAGCCCUUUCUUCACAGCCCAAGUUAAACCCUAGACAUCUAACUCUGUUGGACUGAUCUUCUGAUUUAGAUUGGAUUUGUUUAAAAGGUUCAAGGCAACCAAAAAAUUGAAAUUGCUUCAAUGCUAUGAUGUGAAGAAGGGGAACCAAGGAAUAUGAAACAUCUGCGUUAUUGUGGGAUCACAAAACGAUACAGCUGAAAGAGAUUGGAAACUGGUGGAGUGGAAACAUUGGGUCUUUAUCUGAAGAAGACAACCUAGGCUUCACUUGGCAGAAAUACACCAAAACCACUCUGUCCCAGCUGCAGGUGAAAGUAGAUUUAUGAAGAGAGCCAUGUUGAUUAUCAUUGUGUGUUCUGCGCUUGUAACAAUAGGUGCAGCAUUGAAGUGUGAGGUUUGCUACUCUCCGAGCUCAAACAGCUGUUCUGGUCACUACGAGACUUGUUCUAGUUCCCAGGACCGAUGUAUGGAAACCUUGACCCAGACCUCUAUGGGAGAUGUGGAGAGUGUGGUGUUUGAAAAAUCAUGUGGGAGCCUCUAUAAAUGCACGCAUCCAGCAAGUAUGACAGCUCCGAACUAUAGGGUGAGCGUGACUACCCUGUGUUGUGACACAGACUACUGCAACAACCGCACAAUGAAUUGGAAAACAGAAAAUUCCACACUGAACGGAAUGAAUUGUCCAUCCUGCUUUUCGAAGAAUUCAGAAACCUGUGAUAAGCUGAUACCUUUGAACUGUACAGGGAAUGAAACCCACUGUAUCCAAUUUACUGCAACCAGACAUCGAGGAUCUCCGGUUACUAUGGCUGGUUGUGCAACAGAAAACAUGAAAAAAUCACAAGGAAAAGCUGCCUUCUGGGGGGAAUCCAUCCAAGUGUCACGUUUUAAAGCUCUCAAUGGAGGGAUGUCAUUGCAGGCUGGCUGUCUGCCAACAAUCUUGGCUAUACUCACAGCUAUGAAGAUACGUUCAACUGAAUAAAAGCACAACACAUAAAUCACAAUUUGAAAUGUCCUACUUUUCUCAGCCCGUUUAAAAAAAAAAAAAAAAAAAUAGUAAAAAAAAUGUAAAAA